AGAUUUCGACCAUUUUCCGUAUCUAGGUUUUCAGACGCAGCCUCCACCCUCCAUUGCAGCUUGCAUCUGCUUUGAUUACACUUAAUCAAAUGGCUCGGAUCAAAGUUCAUGAGUUGAGGGGCAAAACCAAGGCUGACUUGUUUGCUCAGUUGAAGGAUCUUAAAGCCGAACUUGCUCUUCUCCGUGUCGCUAAGGUCACCGGUGGUGCGCCCAACAAGCUCUCCAAGAUAAAAGUGGUGAGGACAUCGAUUGCACAGGUGCUGACUGUUAUCUCACAGACCCAAAAAGCCAUGCUCAGGGAAGCUUACAAGAACAAGAAGUACCUUCCUCUUGACCUUCGUCCCAAGAAAACCAGAGCUAUUCGCAGGCGUCUCACCAAACAUCAGGUUUCUUUGAAGACAGAGAGGGAGAAGAAGAAAGAGAAGUACUUUCCAUUGAGGAAGUAUGCAAUCAAGGUUGUUAGCAUUCAAUUAAAUAUUGGAUUUUGCUUUGAAAUUGAGGCAGAGUUGUAUGUCUUGAUGAUUUGA